CCUGCCCCCAUUCCCUCCUCCCCUUCACCAGCCUCGGGCUUCCCAGGCUGGCUUCUCAUUCCUCAACAUGGAGGCCUCUCCCCUCUCUUCUCUCCCGUUCCUUCUUCUCCUCCUCCUCCUCUCUGCAGCCGGCCUCCUUUCCUUAACUUCGGCCCUCUCCGAUGCCGAGACUGUCUUCAUCGCGCGUCGCCAGCUCCUCACGUUCCAUGAGCACAGCGGCGACCUUCCAGAAGAUUUCGAGUUCGGCGUCCAAAUCGAUACCCCUUUCCCCAACCAGCGCCUCCGUCGGGCCUACAUCGCUCUCCAGGCGUGGAAGCACGCUAUCUAUUCGGACCCUUCCAACUUCACCGGCAACUGGUCUGGCGCUGAUGUGUGCUCCUACGCUGGUGUUUUUUGCUCCCCGGCCCUCGACGACCCUUCCCUCACAGUCGUCUCCGGCGUCGACCUUAACGGAGCCGACAUCGCCGGGUAUCUCCCCGCCGAGCUCGGCCUCCUUACCGACCUCGCUCUCUUCCACAUUAACUCAAACCGCUUCUGCGGUAUUAUACCGAAAAGCUUUUCUCGCCUCGUCCUCAUGUAUGAGCUAGAUGUCAGCAAUAACCUCUUUGUGGGGCCUUUCCCCGUCGUGGUCCUCGGCCUCCCGGCCCUUCGGUAUCUCGACCUUCGAUUCAACAACUUUGAGGGUGCCCUUCCGCCGGAACUCUUCGACAAGGAGCUCGAUGCUAUCUUCCUCAACGACAACCGCUUCUCCUCUUACAUUCCGGAGAACUUGGGCAACUCCACCGCAUCGGUCAUCGUAGCCGCCAACAACAAGCUUCAGGGGUGCAUCCCGACUAGCGUAGGCAAGAUGACAUCGACGCUUAACGAACUCGUGCUUUUAAACAACGAGCUUACUGGCUGCUUGCCGCUCGAGUUUGGAUUGCUUACAAAUGUCACGGUGUUCGACGCAAGCUUCAAUGCGCUAACGGGCGUGCUUGCCAGGAGCUUAGCGGGGCUAGCUAAGGUCGAGCAGUUGGAUGUCUCCCAUAACGUGCUUACGGGUGUCGUGCCGGAGGGAUUGUGCCGGUUGCCGAGGCUGGCCAAUUUCAGUUUCUCCUACAACUACUUCAAGGGCGAAGCGGAGGCAUGCACGCCGGUGCCAAGGUCGGAGGUCUUGUUCGAUGAUAAGAGCAAUUGCUUGGGUAGCUCACGGCCUAACCAGAAGUCGGCAAAGGAGUGCGCGCCGGUUAUUAGCCGCCCUGUAGAUUGCAGCCGGUCCAAGUGUAGCUCUUCUCCUAGCCGGUCAGCUCCUUCGCCGAAGCCAUUGACGCCGUCUCAUAAGCCAUCACCAAAACCGAUCCAACCUCCAAAGCCAACUCCUAAGCCGUCGCCGAAGACGGUUGCACCAUCUCCCAAGCCAACUCCUACACCAUCUCCAAAAGCCCUGGCAACCACCCCCACCUCUGAACUGUUAACCACUACCACCACCACCGUCGCUCUUUUGCUAUCCGCCGCCGCUCGAAUGAUGACCUCCACCACCACUCAUUUUGCCUCCUCCACCCCUCACUUGACCACCUCCUCCUCCACCACUUAA